AACCGCGGGCGGUGAGAGGCGGGACUCCAUGGCCCUCCCGAAACCCCUCCCCUUUCCUUCCCCUAACUCUUUCUGUCCCUCCUCUUCCCCUUCGCCCCUCUCUCCCGGGGACCGCCCUCACGUUCGGUUUCAAAAGACCCUUUGCCCAAUGAAUAACAGGAUGGCCCUAGAGUGGCGGCGUCAUCUGCCAAUGCUCAGACAGUGAGGGAGGAGCGGCCGUAGCGAGCCUCUGACGGUGGGUGGCGUGUGACGCAGUCGGGCCCUCUGCGCGUUGCGCCCGAAGCGGCGGUCGGUAUCCGUGGUGGUGGCGGCGGUGACGGUUUCGUGGCGGCCGCGCGCUGCUCGCUGGGCGGCGGGUGGCUGUCGGGCCUAGGCCCUCUCGCCUGACACGUCCCCUCCCCCACCGCACCGUGCUCUCUGAAGUGAGGAUUCAUUGUGAAGAUGUUUAAUAAAUCAUUUGGAACACCCUUUGGGGGUGGCACAGGUGGCUUUGGAACAACUUCCACAUUUGGGCAGAAUACUGGCUUUGGUACUACUAGCGGAGGGGCAUUUGGAGCAUCUGCAUUUGGUUCUAGCAACAAUACUGGAGGCCUGUUCGGAAAUUCGCAGACCAAACCAGGAGGUUUGUUUGGUACCAAUUCAUUUAGCCAGCCAGCUACAUCAACAAGUACUGGCUUUGGGUUUGGCACAUCAACGGGAACAUCAAAUAGCUUAUUUGGAACUGCAAGCACAGGGACCAGUCUCUUCUCAUCUCAGAGUAAUGCAUUUGCACAAAAUAAACCAACUGGCUUUGGGAAUUUUGGAACAAGUACUAGCAGUGGGGGACUUUUUGGAACUACGAAUACCACUUCCAAUCCUUUUGGUAGCACAUCUGGCUCCCUCUUUGGGCCAAGUAGUUUUACAGCUGCUCCUACUGGGACUACUAUUAAAUUUAAUCCUCCAACUGGUACAGAUACUAUGGUUAAAGCCGGAGUAAGCACUAAUAUCAGUACCAAGCACCAGUGUAUUACUGCUAUGAAAGAAUAUGAAAGCAAGUCACUAGAGGAACUUCGUUUAGAGGAUUAUCAGGCUAACCGGAAAGGUCCACAGAAUCAGGUGGGAGCAGGUACCACCACUGGCUUGUUUGGAUCUUCCCCAGCCACCUCCAGUGCAACAGGACUCUUCAGUUCCUCCACUACUAAUUCGGGUUUUGCAUAUGGUCAGAAUAAAACAGCCUUUGGAACUAGUACAACUGGAUUUGGUACAAACCCAGGUGGUCUCUUUGGCCAACAGAAUCAACAGACUACCAGCCUCUUCAGCAAACCAUUUGGCCAGACUACAACUACCCAGAACACUGGUUUUUCCUUUGGUAAUACCAGCACACUGGGACAGCCAAGUACUAACACUAUGGGUUUAUUUGGAGUAACCCAAGCCUCACAGCCUGGAGGUCUUUUUGGGACAGCAACAAACACCAACACUGGCACAGCAUUUGGAACAGGAACAAGUCUCUUUGGGCAGAACAAUACUGGAUUUGGUGCUGUUAGUUCGACCCUGUUUGGCAGUAACAAGCUUACUACAUUUGGAACCAGCACAACCAGUGCUCCCUCAUUUGGUACAACCAGUGGCGGGCUCUUUGGUUUUGGCACAAAUACCAGUGGGAAUAGUAUUUUUGGAAGUAAACCAGGACCUGGGACUCUGGGAACUGGGCUUAAUGCAGGAUUUGGAACAGCUCUUGGUACUGGACAGGCAUCUUUAUUUGGGAACAGCCAACCUAAGAUCGGAGGGACUCUUGGUACAGGAGCCUUUGGGGUCCCUGGAUUUAAUACCACAACAGCCACUUUGGGCUUUGGAGCCCCCCAGGCCCCAGUAGCUUUGACAGAUCCAAAUGCUUCUGCCGCCCAGCAGGCUGUUCUCCAACAGCACAUCAAUAGUCUAACGUACUCGCCUUUUGGAGAUUCUCCUCUCUUCCGGAAUCCCAUGUCGGACCCUAAGAAGAAAGAAGAGAGAUUGAAACCAACAAAUCCAGCAGCUCAGAAGGCUCUCACUACACCUACACAUUAUAAACUAACACCUCGCCCUGCCACCAGAGUUCGACCAAAGGCUUUGCAAACCACAGGCACAGCCAAGUCACAUCUCUUUGAUGGACUGGAUGAUGAUGAACCAUCAUUGGCCAAUGGAGCAUUCAUGCCCAAGAAGAGCAUUAAGAAGUUGGUUUUGAAGAACCUUAACAAUAGCAAUCUUUUCUCUCCUGUUAAUCGUGAUUCAGAAGAUCUAGCUUCACCAUCUGAUUAUCCAGAAAAUGGAGAAAGAUUCAAUUUCCUGAGCAAACCUGUUGAUGAGAAUCAUCAGCAGGAUGGAGAUGAUGAUUCUCUCGUUUCACGUUUUUAUACUAACCCUAUUGCCAAACCCAUUCCUCAAACCCCAGAGAGUGUUGGAAAUAAACACAACAGCAGCAACAGUGUUGAUGAUACCAUUGUUGCAUUAAAUAUGCGUGCUGCGUUGCGAAAUGGACUAGAAGGAAGCAGCGAAGAGACCUCUUUUCAUGAGGAGUCACUGCAGGAUGACCGAGAAGAAAUAGAAAAUAAUACUUAUCACAUGCAUCCAGCAGGUAUUGUUCUCACUAAGGUUGGUUAUUACACUAUUCCAUCUAUGGAUGACCUUGCUAAAAUUACCAAUGAAAAAGGAGAGUGCAUUGUUUCUGAUUUCACUAUUGGCCGUAAAGGUUAUGGCUCAAUCUAUUUUGAAGGAGAUGUAAAUUUGACAAAUCUAAAUUUGGAUGACAUUGUGCAUAUUCGAAGGAAAGAAGUGAUUGUUUACUUAGAUGAUAACCAAAAACCGCCUGUGGGUGAAGGGCUAAAUAGGAAGGCUGAAGUUACACUGGAUGGAGUUUGGCCAACAGAUAAAACAUCUCGUUGUUUAAUAAAGAGCCCAGAUCGACUUGCUGAUAUCAACUAUGAAGGAAGAUUGGAAGCAGUUUCAAGAAAGCAGGGUGCUCAGUUCAAAGAGUACCGUCCUGAAACAGGUUCUUGGGUGUUUAAGGUCUCCCAUUUUUCUAAGUAUGGCCUUCAGGAUUCUGAUGAAGAGGAAGAAGAAAGACCUUCAAAAACUAGUACAAAGAAGUUAAAGACUGCCCCUUUGCCUCCUGCAGGCCAGGCCACUCCGUUCCAGAUGGCUCUUAAUGGCAAACCAGCACCUCCACCCCAGAACCAGAGUCCAGAGGUGGAGCAAUUAGGGAGGGUUGUGGAACUGGACAGUGACAUGGUAGAUAUCACCCAGGAACCAGUUUUGGAUUCUAUGUUUGAAGAAAGCAUGCCUGAGGAUCAGGAACCUGUGUCUGCCUCAACACACAUUGCAUCUUCAUUGGGAAUAAAUCCACAUGUCUUACAGAUCAUGAAGGCAUCAUUGUUUGCUGAUGAAGAAGAUGUAGAUAUGGCCCUGGAUCAACGCUUCAGUCGCCUUCCUUCUAAACCAGAUACUUCACAAGAAAUCUGUUCUCCCAGACUCCCCAUUUCAGCAUCCCACUCAUCGAAAUCCCGUUCAUUAGUUGGUGGGUUACUACAAUCAAAAUUUACAAGUGGAACUUUUCUUUCACCAAGUGCCUCUGUGCAAGAAUGCCGUACUCCCAGAACAUCAUCUUUGAUGAAUAUCCCAUCCACAUCCCCUUGGUCUGUCCCCCCAGCCCUUACCUCUGUGUUUACUGUACCUAGUCCAGCCCCCGAAAUUCAGUUGAAAACAGUGGGCACACGCAGACAACCAGGCCUCGUUCCUCUUGAAAAGUCUGUCACAUAUGGCAAGGGAAAGCUCUUGAUGGACAUGGCCCUGUUUAUGGGACGCUCAUUUCGAAUUGGUUGGGGCCCCAAUUGGACUCUUGCUAACAUUGGAGAACAGUUGAGUGGUUCUCAUGAACUGGAAAAUCCUCAAAUUGCCGACUCUUUGGAAUAUGGAUUCCUGCCUAAUCCAGUAGCUGUUAAAUCCCUAACCGAGUCCCCAUUCAAAGUUCAUUUGGAAAAACUCAGUUUGAGACACAAGAAGCUGGAUGAAGACCUACAAUUAUACCAGACACCUCUGGAACUCAAACUGAAACAUAGCACUGUCCAUGUGGAUGAAUUGUGUCCUCUCAUUGUCCCCAACCCAGGAGUUGCUGUCAUUCAUGACUAUGCAGAUUGGGUUAAAGAAGCAUCGGGAGACCUGUUGGAAGCACAGAUUGUGAAGCACUGGAGCCUAACAUGGACAUUAUGUGAAGCUUUAUGGGGGCACCUGAAGGAGCUUGACAGCCAGUUGGAUGAGCCCAGUGAAUAUAUUCAGAUUCUGGAGCGAAGGAGAGCUUUUUCUCGCUGGCUAUCCAAUACUGCUGCACCCCAGAUUGAGGAGGAAGUCUCCAUAACCCGAAAAGACAACCCUGUGGAAGCUGUCUUCAGCUAUCUCUCAGGCAAGAGGAUCAGUGAGGCCUGUUCUCUGGCCCAGCAGUCAGGUGAUCAUCGUCUUGCCCUUCUUUUAUCCCAGUUGGUGGGUAGCCAGUCAGUCCGUGAGCUCCUUACUAUGCAGCUGGUGGAUUGGCAUCAGCUCCAGGCUGACUGUUUUAUCCAGGAUGAGAGAUUGCGCAUCUAUGCCCUACUGGCUGGAAAACCGGUGUGGCAGCUCUCAGAACAGAAACAAAUCAAUGUGUGUUCUCAGUUAGAUUGGAAACGCUCCCUGGCUAUCCAUCUUUGGUAUUUGCUUCCACCAACAGCUUCCAUUUCCAGGGCUCUUAGCAUGUACGAAGAAGCAUUUCAGAAUACCUCUGAGGGUGACAGAUAUGCCUGCUCCCCACUUCCUUCAUACCUGGAAGGAUCUGGCUGUCUAAUAGAGGAAGAACAAGACUCAAGGAGACCACUUCAAGAUGUGUGCUUUCACCUUCUAAAACUCUACAGUGACAGACAUUAUGAUCUCAACCAGUUGCUGGAACCCCGAAGCAUAACAGCAGAUCCUUUGGAUUACCGCUUAAGUUGGCACUUGUGGGAGGUACUUCGGGCUCUUAACUACACCCACCUCUCAGAGCAGUGUGAAGGUGUGCUGCAGGCCAGUUAUGCUGGCCAGCUGGAAAGUGAGGGACUCUGGGAGUGGGCCAUCUUUGUCCUCCUGCAUAUUGACAACUCAAGCAUGCGUGAGAAGGCUGUUCGAGAGGUGCUUACUCGACACUGCCAACUAUUGGAAACACCUGAAUCUUGGGCUAAGGAGACUUUUCUGACCCAGAAGCUUUGUGUUCCUGCUGAGUGGAUUCAUGAGGCUAAAGCUGUGCGAGCACACAUGGAAUCUGACAAACACUUGGAGGCCCUCUAUUUAUUUAAAGCUGGGCACUGGAAUCGCUGCCAUAAACUCAUCAUCCGGCACUUAGCUUCUGAUGCCAUCAUUAAUGAGAACUAUGAUUACCUGAAGGGGUUUUUGGAAGACUUGGCUCCUCCAGAGCGUAGUGGCCUAAUCCAAGACUGGGAAACAUCUGGGCUUGUUUACUUGGACUAUAUUCGUGUCAUUGAAAUGCUCCACCAUAUACAGCAGGUGGAUUGCUCAGGUUAUGAGUUGGAGCAGUUACACACCAAAGUAACCUCACUGUGCAACCGGAUAGAACAAAUCCAGUGUUAUAAUGCCAAGGAUCGCCUGGCUCAAUCAGAUAUGGCCAAACGUGUAGCUAACCUGCUGCGGAUAGUACUGAGUCUUCAGCAUGCCCCUGAUGCAACCUCUGACUCAACACCAGACCCUCAACGAGUCCCUUUGCGCCUGUUAGCUCCCCACAUUGGCCGGCUCCCCAUGCCUGAGGACUACGCCUUGGAGGAACUGCGCAGCCUCACACAGUCCUACCUGCGAGAACUGACUGUCGGGAGCCAGUGAGGCCCUGGCUGUUCUACCACACUCACCUGCUCAUUCACACUCAACACAAAGAGAUCCCCCGCUUUGGGUUGUUUGGCAUUGUUUGCCAUUCUCUGGGUUGGCUGUGGAGUCCACCCUCUUCCUGCUGCCUCAAGCAGCAUUCUUCAGGUGUUCAGGGCUUUUCUUAAUACAGAACAUAGUGUAAGGGCUUUUGGAACCCAAAAAGGGAGCUACGUCUCUUUUUGUCAUCCUCACGACCAUUUUCUUUUCUUUUAAAAAAUGGUCAAUAAAGCACCUUUGGCAG